AGAAAGCAGGUGGAAGGGUUGAGAUAUGAAAUGACAGUGAAAGAGAGAAGCAGAACUAGAAAGUAGUAUAAUAUCCAUUCCUCUUGUCACAUUGGGCCUUGAAAGGUUCUUUGAUGAACUUUAAUCUGGAGUAAAAACUCAAAAAAGCAAUGCUGCAAAUCCGGCUCGCUCUCCUAUCCGGCCUCUGCCUUCACUUUUUGUUCUUUUGCACCGCAGAGGAAGGUCUGGAGUUUCCUAACUUCGACGGGAAGGACAGGGUUCUGGACAUCAGCGAGCGCAACUACAAAAAGGCUCUGAAGAGGUACGACCUGCUGUGUCUGUUCUACCAUGAACCCCUGCCGGCAAACAAGGGCCUGCAGAAGAGGUUCCAGAUGACGGAGCUGGUGCUGGAGCUCACAGCACAGGUCCUGGAGGACAAAGAUAUUGGUUUUGGGAUGGUGGACUCCCAGAGGGACACUAGAGUCGCCAAAAAGCUGGGUCUGGAGGAGGUGGGCAGCUUGUACGUCUUCAAGGACGACAGAGUCAUAGAGUUUGAUGGCGAGCUCUCGUCAGACACACUGGUGGAGUUUCUCUUGGAUGUGCUGGAGGACCCAGUGGAAAUGAUCAAUAACGCCAUGGAGCUGCGAGCCUUCGAGAGGAUGGAGGAAGACAUUCGUCUCAUUGGCUACUUUAAAGGAGAAGAUAUAUACUACAGAGCUUUUCAGGAGGCAUCAGAGCGCUUUCAGCCAUAUAUCAAGUUCUUUGCUACAUUUGAUAAAUCUGUAGCCAAACAUCUCUCCCUCAAGAUGAACGAGGUGAACUUCUAUGAGCCAUUCAUGGAGGAGCCGGCCAUCAUUCCUGGCAGACCUCUGACGGAGAUGGACAUCGUUGAGUUUGUCAACCAGCACAGGAGGGCUACUUUGAGGAAGCUGCGUGCAGAGAAUAUGUUUGAAACAUGGGAGGAUGACAUGGAUGGGAUACAUAUUGUUGCAUUUGCUGAGGAAGAGGAUCCAGAUGGCUACGAGUUCCUAGAGAUAUUGAAAGACGUGGCCAGAGACAACACCAACAACCCAGAGCUCAGCAUCGUGUGGAUUGACCCUGAUGACUUCCCUCUGUUGACCACUUACUGGGAGAAAACCUUCAAGUUGGACUUGUUCAGACCUCAGAUUGGUGUGGUCAACGUCACAGAUGCGGACAGCGUGUGGUUGGACAUGUCCAAUGACGAAGACCUGCCCACCUCGGUGGAGCUAGAAGACUGGAUAGAAGACGUUCUGUCGGGGAGAGUAAACACUGAGGACGACGAUGAGUCAGCUGACGACCAGGAAUACCAUGACAGCUACAUCGCAGAGGAAAGCUAUGAUCAGGACCCAGAUGAGGAAGAGGACAGGGACGACUAACCAGGAAGGGUUAGGGUUGUUGUCUUGGCAGUUAAAACCUGGGUCAAACUAUUAAGCUGAAAACAUUUAAGAGUUGGAUAACAGAAAGUUGGUUAAAUCAGGCAAACAAGAUUAAAAUGUACAGAGCAGAUAAAACAAAACUGAUCACAGGUCAUAUUAAGACAUUUCAAGCCCAGCCCUAGCUAUGUUUUUGGUCUCCACCACCCUGCAAACGAUUUGUUCCUUUUUAGCUACAAAGUGCUACCCUGUAUUCACCAGCUUUAAGCUAGCUUUAACUGUAUGCUGUUUGCUGCUGGAAAGCAAGUGUAUGAUGGAUUUUUAGAACUUCUCAUGUUUAUAUUUUAUUGGAAGACUUUGAGGAUGCUAAUUUAAUCAAAAUGUUUAAGCUAGGGGCCGUAAAGUCAAAACAAUACACUGAAAGAAGCUAAAAUGCUACGUAAAGCUGAUGGAAACUGCAGCCUGUUGACAAUUUCUUGUGCGUAAGGUUGAUUAAUGAUAAAAAAAGUUACUUGGAAACGUAUAAUUGUGUGUAUUUAUGUAUAUAUGUGAAAAUCAAGGUUUUUCUUUUCGUUAGCUUAGUGUUAAAAGUUUCUUAAGGUUAUUAUAGGUCAAAAUCAAAUCAAUGUUACACUUUAAGAGGCUAAACUUGAAUUAAAAGAACACAUGGAAACAUUUUUUGAGACUAUUUGA